AUCCCACUCGUUUGGCGCGAGCAGGUCGCAUCGCCACUAGGCUUCGAUGGCCUCCGAGGAUUCGCCCGCCGCGAAGCGCGCAAAGACGGAGGAGGGUGCGGGAAGCAGCUCGCCCGACGACGGCCCCGUCGUCGUCACAAAAGCUAUGGAGGAGGAGGAGGCAAAGAUGAUGGCCGAGUCGGAGAAGGAGGCUGAGAAGCAGCGGCUCAAGGACAUGGACAGCAAGGACCUGCGCAACGCGACCACCGAGGACAAGGUAGCGCGGCUGGACCAGCUCCUCUCCAAGUCGGUCGCCUACUCCGAGUUUCUCGCCAACAAGAUCAAGAAGGAGGGCGAGGGCGCCGACGCCGUCGUGGACGGCUCUGUCCGCGGGCCUGCGCUGCCUCAGCCGAAGCACAUCGUGGGGCAAAUGCGGCCGUACCAGCUGGUGGGCGUGCACUGGAUGGUUGGGCUGUACGAGAAUGGACUCAACGGCAUCCUCGGCGACGAGAUGGGGCUCGGCAAGACGAUCCAGUCCAUCGCGCUGCUCGCCCACCUCAAGGAGAAGAGCGUGGCGGGGCCCUUCAUGGUGGUCGGCCCGCUCUCCUGCCUGCAGAACUGGCACAACGAGUUCAAAAAGUGGGCGCCCUCGAUCCCCUCCCUCGUCUACCACGGCUCCAAGGAGGAGCGCACGCAGAUGCGCGGCACGCACUACCGCAAGGGCGACGGCAGCAUGCCGGUGAUGAUCACGUCGUACGAGAUCGUCAUCCGCGACGCGACGGCGCUGAGCAAGAUCGGCUGGAAGUUCAUCAUCAUCGACGAGGGGCACCGGCUGAAGAACAUGAACUGCCGGCUGAUCCGCGAGCUCAAGCGCAUUUGCGGCACGCCGCUGCAGAACAACCUGACCGAGCUAUGGUCGCUGCUCAACUUUCUGCUGCCGAGCAUCUUUGACGACCUCGACUCGGUGCAGCGACGGGACUCGGGCAGCGAAGGACGGGAGGCGAAGGACGGCCGCUCGAUGGAGUGCAUCCCCUCAAAGACGGAGUACAUCCUCUACGCCUCCCUGUCGGAGUGGCAGCAGCAGCAGUACAAGGAGAUCCUCAACAAGAACCUCUCCACGUCGGAUGGCAAGGCGGCGGUCACCCUCAACAACUUGCUCAUGCAGCUGCGCAAGUGCUGCAACCACCCCUACCUGUUCGAGUGGCCGAUCAGCGACGCGGGCGAGGAGGCGGCGGGCGAGGGGCCGGCUCUCACCCCCUCUCUCAGCAGGAGCGGUCGGCCAGUAGGCGAGGAGGCGGUGGACGAGGUGCUGGUGCAGGCGUCAGGCAAGAUGCUGCUGCUCGACCGGCUGAUGGCGAAGCUCACCAAGAAUGGGCACAAGGCGCUCCUCCCCAGCUUGAGAGAGUACUGCGCCCUGCGCAGCUACAAGUGCUGCCGCCUCGACGGCGGCGUGUCGGCGGAGGACCGGACGCAGGCGAUGACCGAGGCAUGGUGGUGGGCGAUGAACGACUUCAACUCGGACAAGUCGAUCGACGUCUUUUUGCUCUCGACCCGCGCGGGCGGGCUCGGCGUCAACCUCGUGUCGGCAGACGAGGUGCCACUCUUCACGCGCGUGCUGCUGUGGACAGGCGGGCUCGGCGUCAACCUCGUGUCGGCAGACACGUGCAUCAUCUUCGACAGCGACUGGAACCCGCACAUGGACCUGCAGGCGCAGGACCGCUGCCACCGCAUCGGCCAGACCAAGCGCGUGAUGGUGUACCGGCUGGCCGCCUGCGGGACGGUCGAGGAGCAGAUCCUCGUCAAGGCCAAGCAGAAGCUGAAGCUCGAGCAGCUGGUCGUCUCCAAGGGCAAGUUCAAGGACAUCGGCAAGAAGACGGACCGGAGCGAGCGCAUCGCCGAGGACGAGCUGCAGGAGCAGUCGCUCGCCUUCGACUGUCUCACACAGGCUAUGCUUGAAUUAACGAACCUGCUGAUUGCGCUGCAGGAGCUGCUCGCGUUCGACCCGAGCAAGUCGGCGCUCGGCCGUGAGAACAAGGUGAUCACGGACGAGGAGCUCGCCGUCGUCCUCGAUCGCAGCGGCAAGGUGCAGGCGGGCAAGGGCUUCAUGGCGGUGGACAAAACGACCUCCGCCUUCGACGCAGCCCAGCGCGGGGAGAGCUAGAGACCGGAGGACGAUGCCGCCGGACGCGCAGCACGAACGCUGAGCACGAACGCUUGCCACCAUCGCCUCUCCCUCUUGCCGACUCAGUCUCCAACUCGCCACUCACUCUCUGUCCGAAUGCGUCCGCGCGCGCGCGCGGGGCGCGAGUGAGAUUUUGUUGUGUGCGAAUAUACUGUCACUUGGACCUUGGUUACGUAUACGAGUAAGAAACG